AUGUGCGGCCGUGUGUCUUGCACGUUUCAUACUCACCGCCUGUGUGUCAUAGCGGGCCUCAAUGCAGGCGAUCCGCAACCACAGGAACAACAGGAGAAGGACAAUGUGCAGAAGAAGGGCUCAAAGACCGAAGUUUCCGAUGAAGGGAAAGAGGGAGCAUUGCCUCAAAAGCUCCGCUCGGACGGAGGAACAGCGGCCAGAGCCCUGACACUGGCAACGGCUGCCGCCUGCAGCAGCUGUGCAUCCCUUGCAGCUGCCGGCCUCCUCGAUGUGUCGCUCCUGCAGUACCCGGUUAACGGCUGCAAUCUGCCCCCUUCCACCAGACUUCCGGUAAUUCUUCCACCGCAGCCAAGGGAGCUGCCGCAGCAGGAGGGGAAGACCCCAUGCAGCAGGAGUGUCGUGGCUGCUGCAUGGGGUCUCCAGCUGCACGGAAGCGAUCUCACCCCCUCGAAUGCCCGCAUUGAGACCGCUCAGACAAGUAGAGCCUUCAGGGGCUUAGUCGACAGGCGGCGCUGCGUGCUGCUGGUCGAUGGCUUCUUCGAGUGGCUAAGGCCUAAAGACAAGAACGCGCAGCGGCAACCAUUCUUCUUCAGAAUGAAUUUGUCUCCUGCUGCGGGCAAGGGUGCUGUUUAUGCCAUCUCAUCGGUUGCGCUUUCCACACUUGUCAUGGUUGCAGAAACCCCCAUUCCUAAAAGGCCGACAAAGGCGCCAGUGAAACACGGCGAUGCAAAGCAGGAGCCUUGCUGCUCCGGCAGCAGCCACAGCGGCAUCCAGUACAGCUGUGGUGGCAAGUAUAACAAUAUCCCCAGCGUGCUUGGCCCCUCAGAGGCCCCCAUGCUCCUAGGGUGUCUGUACAUUCCAGCAUACUCCGAAAAGGACCUCACGAGCAAGAGCCAGACCAGCAAGCCCAGUCCCGUGUCCAUUGCAGUCGUCACAAUGAGCGCGAAGGGAACUCCCAUGGAGAAGAUACACGACAGGAUGCCGCUGCUGCUGUCUCCUGAGGGUGCUGCCAUGUGGCUGGAGAUGUCGCUGCCUUUCUCUGCAAUUCGGGGAGACCUUGAGGCUCAGGCUAAGCAGCUCAUGGAUCUGGCAGUGCAUUACUAUGCUGUUUCCCCUACAAUGGGCAGCAUCCGCACGAAAGGCCUCAUAUGCGUAUCUCCCUGCACCCCUGCACCCCAGGCAGCAGCAGCAACAGCAACGACAACGAAGGCGUCUGCAGCAGCAGCUAAACGGUCAAGCUGCAACUCGAGGCCCCUCACUGACUUCUUCCAGCCAAGCAAAAAGCAAAAGAUGGGAACGGGCACCGCAAAAAAGUAA